AUGGGAAUGAAGGCAAUAAGCAACGUGCCAAGAAUUAGUAAAAGAGGUCACGGCGGUCCUGGGGGGUGCUCAGGGAAGGUCGCUCAUUGUUUGACCCCCCACCACCCUGCAGCCCACGAGCUCGCACAGGAAACAGAGCCAGCUAUGGCAGCGAGCUGGGAGCUGCAGUCCCACGCUCUCAUCAUUGUUCGUGAGCUGUCUGCUCCUCCCCUCAGUGACGACAGUGAAGAUCAGACUCUGAACUUGAGUGUCGCUGAAAUGCUGAAUGUGGUGGAGGAAAACCCUCUAAACCACAUUUCAGUUGAAAGUUCUUUGGUAUCAGAACCGAACAGCGACCACCAGCUCCUCUCUCUCAACUCUGAUGAAGCUGAGAGCCAAAAUCAGACAGGAGACAAACAUGGAGACUCCGGAUCAACUAAAAAUUUAGAGCCAAAACAACAGAAUGAACCUCACAAAAGCAUCAGCCGCGCUGACAAUUUAUCCAAACCCACAACAUCAACGAUCCGCUGUGAUACUCACACAGAUAAAAACUUCUAUAAAUGUGACACGUGUGGGAAAGCUUUUUCGUGUCUGUUGAAUUUGAAGAAACACCUGAUAACGCACACAGGUGAGAAGCCACAUGCUUGCACCAUCUAUGGGAAAAGAUUCACUCAGACAUCUGCACUGAGUCCUCAUACAAGAAUCCACUCAGGUGAGAGGCCGCAUUUUUGCAGAACAUGCGGAAAAGAUUUCAGAUCUCGGAGUCGCUUGAUAGACCACAUCAGAACUCACACGGGAGAGAAGCCGUUCGUAUGCAAAACAUGCGGGAAAGCUUUCAGACACAGUAGUCACUUGGUGGGCCACAUGAGGACUCACACAGGAGAGAAGCCGUUUACAUGCGAAACAUGUGGGAGAGCUUUCAGACUCAGUGGUCACUUGAUCAGCCACAUGAGGACUCACACAGGAGAGAAGCCGUAUUCUUGCAACACCUGCGGGAAAGGAUUUGCUCAGAAAUCUGUACUGAAGGAUCAUUUAAGAAUGCAUACAGGAGAGAGGCCGUAUCCAUGCAAAACAUGCGGCAAAGAUUUCAGAUAUAACAGUGGAUUGAUAGUUCACAUGAGAACUCACACAGGAGAGAAGCCGUAUUCUUGCGAAAUCUGCGGGAAGAGAUUCUGUCAGCCGUCACAUCUGAAAAGUCACGUCAGAGUCCAUGCAGGUGACAGUAGCGAUGUUCUUGUAACAAACAUUGCAGAAGUAAUUGCAACUUGUUAGACUAGAUGAGCACAGGUGAGAAGACGCACCUUUGUAAGAUUUGCGGGAAAAGAUACUUUGAUGCUCCUCAUUUUGCAAAGCAAGACUGCCUACAGGAAGUAGUCUCGGUUUUGCUAAAUACGUCGGAGACGAUAAUUUUUCAGCACCAUCUCAGCUGUAUAAAAGCACCGUGAACUCUCAGUCAAAGUAAUUAUUACAAUGAUCAGUUUCCCAAAGUGGGCAACAAAAUGCUGUUUUCUGAUCUUGUAAAAUCUAACAUUAUCGCCUAAUAAGAAAAAUAUAAAUCAGUUUUGAGAAAAAAACGUUUAGACACUUUUCUCCUUUAAUGCUGCAGUUCUGCAUUACUGCAUUUUUACAGGCAAAUGUAAUUUUUGGGGCUCUACAUUUUACUUAAUUGUUUGCAACCUGUCAUUAAAUGUCAUAUUCUACGGCUUUUAUGAUUGCAUCAACUUU